AUGAAGUGGUUUCAAGUGACCAUAGAUAUGAUUCUUGUGCUUUCAUUUAUAUCCAGCAGCACAGCGAAUCCGGAUGCCAAACGUCUGUACGACGAUCUUUUGAGCAAUUACAACAAACUGGUGAGACCCGUCGUCAAUGUCACCGAUGCGCUCACGGUGCGGAUCAAGCUCAAGCUCUCGCAACUGAUUGAUGUCAAUCUGAAGAAUCAAAUAAUGACCACAAAUCUAUGGGUGGAACAAUCAUGGUACGACUACAAGCUCAAAUGGGAGCCCAAAGAAUAUGGCGGCGUUGAGAUGUUGCAUGUGCCAUCCGAUCACAUUUGGCGGCCGGACAUUGUACUCUACAACAAUGCCGAUGGAAACUUUGAGGUGACUCUGGCCACCAAAGCCACUUUGAACUAUACGGGGCGCGUCGAAUGGAGACCACCGGCCAUUUAUAAGAGCUCCUGUGAAAUUGAUGUUGAAUAUUUUCCAUUUGAUGAGCAAACCUGCGUGAUGAAGUUCGGCAGCUGGACCUACGAUGGUUUUCAGGUGGAUCUGCGUCACAUCGAUGAACUGAACGGCACCAAUGUGGUCGAAGUGGGCGUGGAUUUGUCCGAGUUCUACACAUCUGUCGAAUGGGAUAUCCUCGAAGUUCCUGCAGUGCGCAACGAAAAGUUCUACACAUGCUGCGAUGAACCAUAUCUGGACAUCACAUUCAACAUCACAAUGCGCCGGAAGACUCUCUUCUACACAGUCAACCUAAUCAUACCCUGCAUGGGCAUCAGCUUCCUCACAAUUUUGGUGUUCUACUUGCCCUCGGACAGUGGCGAAAAGGUCUCAUUAAGCAUAUCCAUUCUGCUGUCGCUGACUGUGUUCUUCCUGCUGCUGGCGGAAAUCAUUCCGCCCACAUCGCUGGUGGUGCCACUGCUUGGCAAGUUUGUGCUCUUCACCAUGAUACUGGAUACGUUCAGCAUCUGCGUGACGGUCCUGGUCCUCAACAUACACUUUCGCUCGCCACAAACACACACCAUGGCGCCCUGGGUGCGCACCGUUUUCAUCAAUCAGCUGCCGCGUUUUCUGGUCAUGAGACGCCCGCUCUAUCCGAUCAGCGAGAUGAUCAAAUCCUCGCGCCGCCUAAUGGUGCGCACUUGCAAUGGACUCGAACUGAGGGAUCAAAUACCACCGUUGCCACCGCCUGUGGCUCUGUCGCGCAUGCAUCACAGUCCGAAGACAACAUCGCGCAGCACAUCGCCACACCUGCAACACAGAGUACAUAACCUCAAUCUGAUGGAUGAGCUGGGGGGCGGUCUUAUUGGUGUCGGCGGCGGCGGCGUUGGCGGCGGUUGUGGCGCCUCCACCAUAACUGGCCACCUGAGCUCGCUCUAUCCGCCGACCAUAUCGACGGUGAAUCAACAAACUUCGACCACCUCCUCGCUGAUCGAUGCCCAGUAUCACAAUCAGUAUCAGCAGACCGGUGGUUCACUGCUCGAUCAUCCACUGACGCCAACCAAGUUCCGUCAGAUGACCUCGACGUCGAGUCAGACAGGAAAUGGUGGCGGUGGCGUUGGCGUUGGCGGAGUUGCUGGUGGAGGCAAUGCCUCCUCCUAUCAUCUGUACAGGCAGCAAUCGACCUCGUCGGCAAAUUUCUCACCGCUGCCCCAGCACGCGCAUCAGCACCACGCGUCGACAACCACCUGCGACCUGCUUGGCAGCAACAAUCCCAAUGUGAUAAAGUCAACGACGACCGUUAAUUCGGUGGCCACCGCAUCAACUUUGGCGGACUCCUGCUGCAGCGGCACCAUACAGAUCCAUCAGGGCAUGGGUGCCGGCGUUGCCUGUCAAUCCUCUGAGUUGCUUCACGGCGCUGGACGCGCCACAACCUCAGCCGCAGCAGCGGCGGCGGCGGCGGCAGCAGCUGCAGCAGCGGCGGCAAAUGCCAGCAGCUCAACGGCAGCGGGUGGCAGCCUCUCGACGCCGCCACCACCACCGCCGCCAGCGUCCGCGGCCUGUGAUAUACUGCCCGCCUGUCAGCGCGAGGGCGGACCGCAUUGCUGCUCCGGUCGUGGAACGGUGCGCCAACGCUGGCACACCUGUCCCGAGCUACACAAGGCCAUGGAUGGCGUCACGUACAUAGCGGAUCAGACGCGCAAGGAGGAGGAAAGCACACGGGUUAAAGAGGACUGGAAGUAUGUGGCCAUGGUGCUAGAUCGUCUCUUCCUCUGGAUCUUCACAAUAGCCGUGGUCGUCGGCACUGCCGGCAUUAUCCUGCAAGCGCCCACACUCUACGACACCCGCGUCCCCAUCGACAUCAAGUUGUCGGAAAUCGCAUCGACGACGGCCAAACCAAAUGUGGCACGACCCGUGUUGUAA